GCGGGAUGAGAUCACUCGGCGAUCGACCGACAGUCUCGAUCCCGCGGUGAACAUUGGGGGCCCUGUGAAAGUUAGUCCUCGAUUGGUCGUGCUCGUUCGCAUCGACGACAACAUCGACAACAACAAGUUCCGAGUUCGAACCGAAUCGGCAGCGUUCAACCAGUUGCCGCGAUGACGCUACGACUACUGCUAGUAGCAGCUUUCGUUACUUUGGUAUGGGGAAUACCGACUACCCAGGAUGCCAAGGACAUCGAGGUUGCAGAAACACCCGAAGAUCUAUUGAAGAGGGCCAUUAAAUUCCUUAACAAAAUCGAUCAACAGCAAUCAGAAUGGAGCAAUAAACAAUCGCUCGCAGAAUGGAACUACGCGUCUGACCUGACUCCAGAAAAUUUAGAGAAAAAGUUGAACGUUUCUUCGGAAGCCGCGAAAGUUCAGAAAGCUAUUUGGAAAGAAGUGAACGAGUUCGCUUGGGAGAAAUUACAGGACGAAAGGAUUAAGAGACAAUUCUCGAAACUCAGCGUCCUGGGCACCGCAGCUCUUCCAGAAGAUGCCUACCAAAAAUACGAGAGAAUCAUCAGCGAAAUGGAGAACAUAUAUAGUACCGCGAAAAUCUGUGAUUAUAAAAACAAAACUAAAUGUGAUCUAGCACUGGAACCCGAGCUUACGGAACGUUUGAUGAACAGCCGUGAUCCUGAAGAAUUGAAGUACAUCUGGGUUGAAUGGAGGAAAGCAACGGGUGAAAAAGUGAAGCCGCUGUACAAGAGGUACGUCGAGUUGAGCAAUAUGGCUGCUAGAUUGAAUAACUUCACCGAUAAUGCUGCUUAUUGGAUGAAGGAUUACGAGGCCGAUGACUUCCCAGAACAAAUUGAAAACCUCUGGCAAAAACUGAAACCUUUCUAUCUGCAAUUGCACGCAUAUGUCCGACGAGAACUUCGAAAGAAAUAUGGUGAAAAGAUCGUUUCCAAGGAUGGCCCUAUCCCAGCACAUUUAUUGGGUAAUAUGUGGGCACAAACUUGGUCUAACAUUGCGGACUACACGAUCCCAUAUCCAGGGAAACAAUUGCCAGAUGCUACCAAGGCUAUGGUUGAACAAGGAUAUAAUGCAACAAAGAUUUUCCAAGUUGCCGAAGACUUCUUCACUUCGAUAAAUUUGACUGCUAUGCCCGACUUAUUCUGGGAACGGUCAAUUUUAGAAAAGCAGAAGGAUCGUGAGAUGAUUUGCCAUGCAAGCGCUUGGGACUUCUAUGACGGCAAAGAUUUUCGUAUUAAACAGUGUACAAGAAUAAACAUGGAGGAUCUAUUGACGGCCCAUCACGAAAUGGGACAUAUUGAAUAUUAUCUUCAAUACAAAAAUCAACCCACUAUUUUCAAAGAGGGUGCCAAUCCAGGCUUCCAUGAAGCUGUAGGUGAUGUUAUAGCACUCAGUGCAUCGACACCCAGUCACCUGAAAAGUAUCAACUUGUUGAGCGAUGAUGCAAACGACAAAGAGGCCAACAUUAACAAUCUGUACUUGAAGGGUCUCGAUAAAAUUGUCUUUUUGCCAUUCGCGUAUAUGAUGGACAAAUGGCGAUGGAAUGUAUUCCAAGGUGAAGUUACAGCAGACAAUUACAACUGCAACUGGUGGGAUCUUAUUGAGAGCUUCCAAGGUAUUGAGGCACCGGUGGAUCGAUCGGAAGAUGAUUUUGAUCCUGGCGCGAAAUAUCAUAUAAUAGCUGAUGUAGAAUAUAUUAGAUAUUAUGUGAGUUUCAUUGUGCAAUUCCAGUUCCAUAAAGCACUCUGUAUAGAAGCAAAACAAUACGAUCCGAAGAAUCCAGACUCGAAACUACUGCAUCAAUGUGAUAUUUACAACAAUAAAGCAGCAGGAAACUUGUUGAAAUCAAUGUUAGAAUUGGGUUCCUCUAAGCCAUGGCAAGAUGCAAUGGAAAAAAUCACUGGCCAAAGGAACAUGGAUACCACUGGACUCUUAGAAUAUUUCAAACCAUUAACGGAUUGGCUCACGGAGGAGAACAAGAAAACUAACGAGUACAUUGGAUGGAAACCUAGAGCAAAGAGUAUAUUUAGGUCUAUCUCCACAAUGGUGAAAGAACAAUUUAGAGAAACAGACGUAGCCCGUAAAAUUUCCCAUGUAUCCUUUGGAGUCGAUAGUCGCCACAACAUGGAAAGGCAGGCCCAUAUGCAUGUUGUGGCAAAGAAUUUAUAUAAUCAGGAUGUUGAACAUACUCCAGUUCCAUAUGGUGUACUUGAUAGAAGAAUGGGUACUUGUAACAAUACAACAAAUUGCGUAUCAUGCGGCAAAACAUUAAAUGAAUGUAUUGGACAUUUUGGUUACAUUGAUUUAGAAUUGCCAGUUUUCCAUGUUGGUUACUUCAGAGCAAUCAUUGGGAUUCUUCAAUCAAUUUGUAAAAAUUGUUCUCACGUUAUGCUAUCCGAAGCUGAUAAAAAACGUUUCCUAGCUAGAGCUUUAAAUCCUAAUUUAGGAUAUUUAUCUCGUAAAGCUUUACGUAAGCAAAUAUUAGAUAAGGCAAAGAAGACUACUGUUUGUCAAAAUUGUGGAGACCUUAAUGGGACAGUGAAAAAAGCUGGUUUACUUAAAAUAGUUCAUGAGAAGUAUAAAGCAAAAAAGAAAGGAGAUACUGUUCUACAAGAAAAGUUAGCAGAGUAUGAUAAUGUGCUUAAGGAUAAUAAAGCCUUUGAAGCAGUACUUCAAAGUGGGUUAAUUAAUGUCCUAAAUCCAUUGGAGGUUCAAAAUAUUUUGGAAAAGAUACCAGAAAGUGACAUUCCUUUGCUAUUGAUGAAUCCAGACUGUGCAUUACCAAAAGAUUUAAUAUUAACAAGAAUUCCAGUGCCCCCAAUUUGUAUUAGACCCAGUGUUGUAUCAGAUUUGAAAGCAGGUACAACCGAAGAUCACCUAACAAUGAAAUUAUCAGAAAUAGUCUUUAUCAAUGACGUUAUUCAAAAACAUAGACAGAGUGGAGCCAAGGUGCAAAUGUACAGUGAAGACUGGGAAUUUCUCCAGCUACAUUGUGCUCUUUAUAUAAAUAGUGAAAUGUCUGGUAUACCACUUAACAUGCAACCGAAAAAAUCUGGUAGGGGAUUGGUUCAACGUUUGAAGGGAAAACAGGGUAGAUUUCGUGGUAAUUUAUCUGGUAAACGUGUUGAUUUCUCUAGUCGUACUGUCAUUUCACCAGAUCCUAAUCUCAGAAUUGAACAAGUAGGUGUGCCUAUCUAUGUUGCAAAGAUUUUAACAUAUCCAGAAAAAGUGAAUCCAUCAAAUAUAGAAUUAAUGCGAAAAUUAGUAAAAAAUGGUCCAGAUGUACAUCCAGGUGCAAAUUUUAUACAACAAGGAAAAACUCAGUUUAAGAAAUACUUAAAAUAUGGUAAUCGUCACAAAAUUGCCCAAGAUUUACAGUAUGGUGAUAUCGUUGAAAGACACCUUAGAGAUGACGAUGUAGUAUUAUUUAAUCGACAACCAUCUUUACAUAAAUUAAGUAUCAUGGCUCACAAAGCAAAAGUAUUAGAACAUCGGACAUUUAGAUUUAAUGAAUGUGUAUGCACUCCGUAUAAUGCCGAUUUUGAUGGUGAUGAAAUGAAUCUGCAUUUACCACAAACUGAAGAAGCAAGAGCAGAAGCUUUGGUUUUAAUGGGGAAUAAAUCAAAUUUAGUUACACCUCGCAAUGGAGAAUUAUUAAUAGCAGCAACACAAGACUUUAUCACUGGAGGAUAUCUUUUAACUCAAAAGGAUAUGUUUUUAAAUAAAUCUCAAGCAAGUCAACUGGCUGGUUGUCUUCUAGCAGGAAAUGAUCUUUCUAUGUCUAUUAAUUUACCUGAACCUGCUAUUUUAAAGCCAACCAUGUUGUGGACAGGAAAACAAAUUUUUAGUUUGAUUUUAAAACCUAAUAACUCUUGCAACAUCAAAGCCAAUUUAAGAACCAAAGGAAGAGCUUACACUAAGAACAAAGAAUUAUGUUUGAACGAUUCAUAUGUAAUUAUUCGAAAUUCAGAAUUAAUUGCUGGAUCUAUGGAUAAGUCAACAUUGGGUUCAGGAUCAAAACAAAAUAUAUUUUACAUUCUUCUGCGUGAUUGGGGUGAAGAUAUUGCAACAACUGCUAUGUGGCGAUUAGCACGAAUGGCUAGUUUCUUUCUUAUGAAUCGUGGCUUUUCUAUUGGCAUUGGUGAUGUUACGCCUGGACAGGGGCUGCUUAAAGCUAAGCAUGAGCUUCUGAAUGCAGGAUACUAUAAAUGUACAGAGUACAUCCAUCAAAUGGAAGAAGGUCGUCUUGUAUGUCAACCUGGAUGUACGGAAGAAGAAACUUUAGAGGCAAUGAUACUCAAGGAACUUUCAGUAAUUCGUGAUCAUGCUGGUAAAGCAUGUUUGAAAGAGCUUCAUCCAAGUAACAGUCCAUUAGUUAUGGCCUUAUCUGGUAGUAAGGGCAGUUUCAUUAAUAUUUCACAGAUGAUUGCUUGUGUAGGACAACAAGCUAUUAGUGGUAAGAGAGUUCCAAACGGAUUUGAAGAGAGAGCUUUACCACAUUUCGAGCGACAUUCGAAAAUUCCUGCAGCCAAAGGUUUUGUUGAAAACUCAUUCUACUCUGGCUUAACGCCAACGGAAUUUUUCUUUCACACAAUGGGUGGAAGAGAAGGUCUCGUAGAUACAGCAGUUAAAACUGCAGAAACUGGCUACAUGCAGCGAAGAUUAGUUAAAAGUUUAGAAGAUUUGUGCCUUCAUUAUGAUAUGACAGUUCGUAACUCGGUCGGAGACAUUGUACAAAUAUUGUAUGGCGGAGAUGCGUUAGAUCCCACCUACAUGGAAGGAAAAGAUUGUCCAGUGGAUUACAAAAGAAUAUUGGAUCAUGUCAGGGCUAAAUCACCGUGUAAGAAUGAAAAUCCUUUAGAUGGUCCUAGUAUAAUAAAAGCUACAAAUGAACUAUUGAAUUCCGAUGAGUAUGAAUGCCUCAGUGAGGAAUUCAAACAAGAAUUAUCCACAUUUCUUAAAAGUGUAGCGCGUAAAAUAGCCCGUCUUCGACACAAUGCUCCACUCAAUGUACCUGUAAUUUUGCAACUCGAGCGACUUACAGUUUCUCAAUUGGUAGAAUUUAUUCACACUUGUAAAGAGAAAUAUAUGAGAGCGAAGAUUGAACCGGGCACUGCCGUUGGUGCACUCGCUGCACAAAGUAUUGGAGAACCGGGCACACAAAUGACCUUGAAAACUUUCCACUUUGCUGGUGUAGCAUCUAUGAACAUUACUCAAGGUGUACCGCGUAUCAAAGAAAUCAUUAACGCAAACCCCAGGAUUAGCACACCCAUUAUCACAGCAGCCUUAGAAAAUGAUAGUGAUCCAGAAUAUGCUAGGAGAGUAAAAGGAAGAAUUGAAAAAACUACCUUGGGAGAAGUAACAGAAUACAUUGAGGAAGUAUACCUACCGGACGAUUGUUUCUUAUUAAUAAAAUUAGACGUCGAUAGAAUAAAACUGUUGAAAUUGGAAAUAGACGUAAAUUCAAUUCGUUAUUCGAUCUGUACAUCAAAGUUAAGACUGAAUCCGAAAGCAGUAGAUGUUAGAGGCGACUCAAUUAUCACAGUGAGUCCCAGCAGAGUUAAAUACAGUUUAAAUUCUGCUCUCACUCAUCUUAAAGAGACAAUUCCGAACAUCGUUGUGAAGGGUUUACCGUCGGUUUCUAGAGCUGUCAUUCAUAAUGACGAUUCAAGUGGUAAAACGAAAUACAAACUAUUCGUUGAAGGAUACAACAUGCGUGAAGUCCUAGCAACUCCUGGUGUUUUAGGGCGAAAUACAACAUCAAAUAAUACGUUGGAAGUUUUCAAAACUUUGGGCAUCGAGGCAGCAAGAGCAACGAUAAUGACAGAAAUUAAAUUAGUGAUGGAAAACCAUGGAAUGAGUAUCGAUCGGCGACAUCCAAUGCUUGUUGCAGAUUUAAUGACUAGCAGAGGAGAAGUAUUGGGUAUUACAAGACAGGGUUUAGCAAAGAUGAAAGAGUCUGUCUUAAAUUUAGCUUCGUUCGAAAAAACAUCGGAUCAUCUAUUUGAUGCAGCUUAUUAUGGGCAAAAGGAUGUAAUCUGCGGUGUGUCUGAAUCAAUCAUUAUGGGUAUUCCAAUUCCAGUAGGAACAGGAAUCUUCAAACUACUUCAUAAAGCUGACAAGGACGAGCCACAUAAGAGGGAUUUGAUAUUUGAUAAUCCACAGUACCACAAGAAAAUUACAAAAAGCACAUCUAAAAUAUAAACUAAUUGUUAUGUACUUUGUAAUGAAAUAUCUAAUGUAUAUAAAAGAUAGAUGUAUUCUAAUCAAACGAUUAAUUUUUAUACGUA